GAACGAGCAGCACGACCCACCCCCCCUUCACUGCCUUCGCACGACGGCAACGAAAGCACGUCCACCGGGACAUAACGAUCGUCAGUGCGAGUUGCCGGUGGCGAAUGUCCUCGAAGCGAAAGAUCAGGAGACCCAGACGCCGGUCCUGCGCCGUCAUCAGAAGGCAAGACGCCGACGUCGUUGAUGAUGUCGUCAAGACGAAGACGCCUCACGACGUUGACAUUGGCAGAUGGCAAACCCCAGUCUCUGAAUUGGCAUCCGGGCAUACGAGCAACACGGUGUGCACGAUGACCAUGUUUCGAUGGUGUGACGACAAUGUCUGGGGACCGGCUCUCGCAGGAGUUCUCAGGAGCAUCGGGCGCGGAGGUCAACCUGCUGCUUCGUCCUCUCGGGCAUAUGGCAGGUCAAAAAUCUACAACAACAAACCAUGGGCUCUGGAUUGGGUUGGUGGUCUGCAUAGGCCUGGGUGUGGGGCCGUCAUCUUCUUGAGCGAUGACAAUGGUGCGACGUGGUACUGCUGUGGGGGUGUUGAGAAAUCUGAGAGCGCCAGGAAUACCUACGACGGGAGGACGUUCAGGACCUUCUUUCUUACGUCAGUUUUCGACAAGGAUGGGACAAACUGGGUCAAGGAAGACAAGAAGGUCGGCCUUGACUUGCGGCUCUUUCAAGGCUACGGCGUCAAGGCUUUCUCCAUGAAAGCGUUUGACGUGUGCGGGGACGGCACCGAGCUUCGCAUGCUGACAGCGGAACAGUUCCUCAGUAGAACGAACGGCUACCGCGUUACUGGCUGUCAUCCUAUCGUUGAAAGUUCCUUGGAGCUCACCAAACCCUUGGUGAAAUUCAGCAGCCCGGCGGACCAACUGCCAGGCGUUGUUAAGGAGUACAGGGAAGCCUUCUCGAGGCUGCCUCUGGACCAGCAAGCCRACUGCGCUUUCGUGCCCUUUGUCACGAGCUCGAGGAAAUCGCGACAGACGCCAUCCGCGCCGGUUGGGAAGAGGAAACAGUUAGCUGCUUGUCCAGCUCCGCCUUUGCCAGCCGCGUCGCCCUCGCCCUUGCCCACGGUGACGGGAGGUCACGAUAUCGCUCAAUGUUCCAGUGAGGCUACGGAGUACGAUGACAGAAACCUGUACGGACGCAAUGCUGCGCGUGACAGUGCCCGGGAAGGUGCGACUGCCCUCACUGAGCGAAACGAGGAGGAAGAAGAUGGGGGAAGCUGCGGUCUACGUGAAGACGACGGUGAUGACGAGUAUAUGGACGUUGGGGAUGAGAACAUGCAGGACCAAAACAUGCUUGGCGAUGACGACGUCGGUGUCACGUCGGAGCAUGGCCCUGGCGACAUCCCCACCGGUUUUACGCGAGGGUAUUUCAAUGUCUCCGCCUUCGACAACACGCGCGAAAAUCGGGCCAUGAUGUUGUCCUUCGAGGAUGUUGUCCGUGAUAUGAGGCAAUGGUGGAUCGAUAACCAUCGAAUCGAGGCCCAGAAAGGCAAGAUCCUCAAGUUCGAUCUUCGCAAAGACAAAUUGACGUCCAAGGACUACGCGGAGCUCGCGAAAUCGGGCGAUGGCUUUAACCCCAUCGACAGCGAGGAAGAUUCUUCGGACUCCGACCUCGAACUGGGCAAGGACACAUGUGCUGAGGUUCCGCGCGGUGGAAUGGUGCAAGAUCACGAUGACGGAACUGUCCAUUCGCACGGAGGGUCCAUCCCGGUGGCCGCCCCAAGCGUCGCCUCAAUGGUGGCCCCGUCAAAGAGUGCUGCAUUGCAAGACAUUGGAAGAUGCGGUGGCAAUGAAGAAGACGACAUUGAGAUACCAGGCGAAGCGUCGACGCUCGCAUCAGGCGAUGCAAUUCCUUCAGGCUACUGUGCUGACCUGGACACUAUAUAUUUCUUGGAGGGCAAACACACCCACACAGGCGAGGAUCAGUGGGGCCAUGACAUCAUAUGGCAUGAGGGCGUUUUACAGCCGUGCAUCCAAGAUGGGGAGUGGAAGAUAGCGGUGAAAUACACAAGCGGUUGGAAGACUUUUCGCUGGAUGUCGAAGGACAUCUGGUUUAAAACGACGGAACUCGCGAUCCUGCAUCGCGUGCGCGUCGAGAAUCCACUGCAGAGCGAGGCUGCCAUCAAAGCCAAGGUCGAAGAAUUGUUUCAUGUCUUGCGCGACAAUCGGUAACUGGAGUACAGCAACAAAUUUUAUGCCCUGCG